UCUAUGGCUUAGUUUAGUCAUUCUGUGGCGUCGUGCAAAUGCCAAAUUUACAAUGGCCGAUAGAAAUUGAAAAGGAAAUCGAAAAGACGGGCUUGACGGGCUCGGUGGCGUAUCGCGGCCUAUUCUGUAGAUCUUCCAAUAAAACAUUUUUUUUAUACUAGUGACUCGGAAAGCCAGUGAAACAUAGUGAAAAACUGUUGUGUAUAAGACUGUGAUUAAGAAUUCGCCGUGGGUGUUUCAAAGGCUGUCGUUUACAAAUUGUAAUUUAGUGGAAAUUUUGUUAUUGAUUAUGUAAGCAGUAAGACUGACGACUUAUGGUCUUCCGCAGUGGGCGAUGUGCUACUAGGAUCUUCCAAUUCUGCUAAAUAAAAAGCUAACGACUCCAGCCGAUAUGCCUCGGAGCGCCCGCCCCGCGCGCCUCCGUCGAAGCUACGCCGUCGCACUAAUCGCUCCUCCGCUGUAUUUAUCUACGUAGGAGAUAAACAAAUAUUAGUGUUUGUUCGUUCGUUGAUGUGAAGUGAAGUGCAGUGAGUGACCGGUCGGAGCAGUCAGUGCCGGGGUGCGGGGAAGUGCGCCGGGCCCGAUGUUGUCGGAUCAUGGCGUUCAUGAUGAAGAAGAAGCGAUACAAGUUCGAAGUGCAGUGCUGCUUGGAGGAGCUGACCGAGGUGCCGUUCGUGUCGGCCGUGCUGUUCGCCAAGGUGCGCCUGCUCGACGGCGGCAACUUCCAGGUGCAUUCUAGCAGAGAGGAAGUGAGGAAGCACGCGGUGCGGUGGAACGCGGAGUUCUCGUUCGUGUGCAAGAUGUGCGCCAACGCCAACACCGGCGUGCUGGAGCCGGCGCUCAUGAGGGUCUCCGUGCGCAAGGAGUGCAAAGGUGGAAGGUCGUACCAGAAGCUGGGCUUCUGCGACGUGAACCUGGCCGAGCUGGCGGGCGCGGGCGACACCACGCGGCGCUGCCUGCUGGAGGGCUACGACCCGCGCCGCCGCCAGGACAACUCCGUGCUGCGGAUACGCAUCAAGAUGAAUAUGAUCUCCGGCGACCCGCUCUUUAAAGUUCCUGAAAGAAAGCAAGACGUAGCAGAGAAGACGGGCGGCGACAGCGGGUCGGAGAGUGCGGCGGCGGCCGACGACGACUGCGCCUCCUCCACCGCCAGCUCCGGCUUCGGCUCGCUCACAAAGAAGAAGAACUAUGAGGGCGUGCCGCCGGCGCUGUCGUCCCUGCCGUCGUGCGAGCUGCCGUCGCCGGAGGUCGAGGAGCCUCCGCCCUUGCUGCUGCCCGCCGCGCCGCCCGUCACGCUGCCCGACUUCCCCGGGUUAAUAAUAUCAAGUCAAACCCCAGUCCCGGCGGUGGGCGUGGGCGUGGGCGGCGGUUGCGCGGCGUGCCUGUCGCAGCAGCACACGCACUCGCGGAACUCGUCCAACACCUCCGGCGACAUGAGCAGUAAAGCGUCGGGCUACGGCAGCUCGGUGUCGGCGGCGUCCGCGCACUCGCGCCAGAGCUCGGAGGGCGACUCGGCCGACUGCGCGCGCCCGCACCACAACAGCGUGCGCGUGGAGCGGACGACCACCACGACGACGUCGGUGUACGUGCCCGCACAGAGUUGCAAGCACACGGGUCGGACGCUGGCGAAGCUGCUGCUCGAGAAGACGGUCCGGUCCGAGUCGUCGGACGUGUACCUCGACGUCACCGACUCGACGCUGACCGGCUCGGAACUGUACCUCACGCCCAACGCCACCCUCGCGAACCCCCCCGACUUGAUCCCGCGCCACGCUCUCCAGUCUCCCUCCAGCGAGGAGUACCGGACGCCGGAGUGCACCGUGCUCGACGAGCGCUCGUUCGCGAUGCCGACGUACUUCGACAAGAAGAGGAAAGCGGCCUCCGUGAUCGUGUCGGCGGUGCGGCCGCUCACCAACUUCCACACGUUCAAGCAGAAGUCGCUCACGACGCUGCCCGCGUGCGCCGAGAGGCACCGGAAGGUCGAGGAGCUGUUCACCAACUUCCCGUUCCUGACGCCGCUCGCGCACCGCAAAAACUCGCUCGUGUCCGCGGCGCGCCUGUCGGGCUGCCUCGAGGACGAGUUCUACUGCAUCCCGUCCGAGGCGGAGGCCGAGUGCGGCUCGGCGGAGCGCAUCGACGUGCGCCACCGCUUCCGCAGCCUGUCCAACCAGGCGCUGGGCGAGCCGCUCACGUCCACGCCCAAGGCGGAGCCGGAGCGCCACAGCUACAACGAGUGCCCCAGGAACCCGUCGUCGGGCUCGCUGACGGCGUCCGCGUCCGAGAGCGGCUCGCUGGAGCGCGCGCGCGCCGCGCACGAGCGCCGCCUCGCGCCCGCCGACGACCAGCACGCGGUGUCGUGUCGCGUGGAGAACACGCGCGUCAACCCCGACUCGCUCAUCGACGAGCUGCUGGCCGCCACCGACCUCAAGCACGCCGUCGACGACGCCGCCGAGACGUCGGGGCUGCAGCUGUACAUCGCGCGCGACGGCACGGCGGAGCUGGGCUCGCGGCGCCGCCAGCAGAUGGCGCGCCGCGACUACCAGCGCGUGGUGCUGCACCCGCACGACAACAGGUAGCCCACGGUGCGCGAGGAGGCGCCCUUCAGCCUCAGCCCGCCGCCCGCGCACCGCGUGUGACGUCACGGCGCGUGCGCGGCGGCACCGCGUGUGACGUCACGGCGCGGGCGCGGCGGCACCGCGUGUGACGUCACG